AUGAGCACUGAGCCAAGCCGCAAGAUCUCGACUCCCGUCAACGUUCCCGUGGCUUCUCAGCUACAGACGACUUACAAAGCUCAAGGCAACUGGACUCAGCAGCAAGGCACCUACACCUCUCAGCCCCAGUACGCCACCCAAACUACCACCAAUACCAUGUCUUACGCUCCCAGUGGCACUGGCUAUACAAGCACUGGCGGCCAGUACAAUGCCUCCACUGGCGGCCAGUACAAUGCCUCCGCUGGCGGCCAGUACACUACCGCUGGUGGCCAGUACACUACCGCUGGUGGCCAGUACACUACCGCUGGUGGCCAGUACACUACCGCUGGUGGCCAGUACACUAGCACUGGUGGCCAGUACACUAGCGAUGCUGGUCAGUAUAAUGCCACUACGGGUGGCCAGUAUAAUGCCUCGGCUGGCGGACAGUACACUAGCACUGGCGGACAGUACACUAGCACUGGCGGACAGUACACUAGCACUGGCGGACAGUACACUAGUGGGAAGCAGUAUGAGACGACCCGAUCUGAGAAUGGCCGGUCCGAAACCGGUGGCAGCGUGGUGAGGCGCGAAAUGGGCGAGCAGCGGAUCAUAUCGGUCACUGAGCGUGUGGACGAAUCUCGUUCUCACGUGAUCAACGAACGAGUUGUGGAGCAUGCUGUAAAGAUCCCUCGCCGGAUUGUGCGUGAGGAAGUGAUUGAGAAGGUGAUUGUUGUGCCUGAGAAGAUCAUGACCGAGGAGGUGAUCAACGAUUCUCAUAUGGUGAAGGAGAAGAUCAUUGAGGUCGCGAAGCCUGUAAUUGUGGAGAAAGUUAUUGAAGUUCCUGAAAUUGAGUAUGUGGAGAAGAUUGUGGAAGUGCCCCAAACGGUGGUUAAGGAGCGCGUGACGGAGGUCCCUGUUUAUGAGACGAAGGAACGCAUUGUAGAGAAGAAGGUGCCUGUGCCUCGCGAGAGGGUCGUCGAAGUCCCGGAAGUGGUGUAUCACGACGUGGAUGUCGAGAAGACGGUGGAAGUGGUCGAAUACGUCGAUGAAUACGUAAAGAGGGAGGUUCCCGUUCCUGUGUAUGUCACAAGACCCGUAGAGCAGAUUGUGACAGUCGAGGUACCGGUGGACGUCGAGAGGAAGAUGCCUGUGCCCGUCGAGGCGGAAGUCACCUACGAAUUUAAGUUGCCUCAGUUCCGGCCGAAGUACGGUAAAGUCAACUACCCUCUCUACCUCCCCAGGUUCGUAGAGGUUCCCGUUGCGGUCGAACUGCUUAACCAAGGCAUGCUCAGCCAGACCCGGGGCUACCUAGAAACCAUUGACAACCUUACUAAGAACCCCGCCUCUCUGUGCGAAGUCGAGAACGUCGCCGCAGGCAUCAUGAAGGCUGACUUCCAGAACCAGGUGAACAACAUGGAUCUGCAACAGGCCAUUCUUCGAGCGUGGAACGACGGUUCUCUCGACAUCAACGGCGGCAACAUUAACGGCAUCCCCAUGACCAGCUCUGCCGGCCAGCCUGGCUACAGCCAGCCAGCGUAUACUAACACGACGAGCCAGGGUGGCUUUGCUACCUCCACUAGUCAGCCCGGCUACACUAGUCAGCCCGGCUACACUAGUCAGCCCGGCUACACUAGUCAGCCCGGCUACACCGGUCAGCCGGGUUACACGAGCACGACCGGUCAGCCGGGUUACACCAGCACGACCAGUCAGCCAGGUUACACCAGCACGACGAGUCAGCCUGGUUACACCAGCACAACUAAUCAGCCUGGUUACACCAGCACGACCAGUCAGCCUGGUUACACCAGCAUGACCAAUCAGCCUGGUUACACCAGCACGAGGAAUAACGCUGGUUACACCAGUACAACCAACCAGGGGGCCUUCGCCACAAGUUCCAGGCAGCCGGGCUUCACCAGUUCCAGCAAGCCGGCCUUGAGCACCACUUCAGCGCAAAUUUCUGCUUCUGGCCCCGUUGUUACUUCUGCCUCCGGCGUCUCAGGGUAUCAAACUCAGGGCUACUCUUCCAACACCCCCGGGUACGCUGCCCCUGCGACUGCAAGUUUCAGCACCACAUCUGGAGCUGUGGUGAAGAUGUCGGCUAAUGUUGGUGGAGCCACGUACUCCACGAAGCCGAACGGAUACUCAGUGCCCCAAGUGAGCGUAACUGCUUGCCAGUAG